AUGGGCAAUCCGCUUUACCCGGGCAGUGGCUCGCGCUUUGUCACCCCUGUCGCCUCUUCCGCGUCUCAGCAAGCGUCUUCCUCUUCGUCUUCCUCAUCUUUCCCGGGUCUGCUCGGUGGCUCCUUCACCGCCUCGAGCUCCAAACACGUCAAACCCGCCAACGAGUACGACCCUUCCUUCCACCCUGGCAUUCUCAACCUUGGAAACACUUGCUUCCUCAACUCGGUCCUUCAGUCCAUCGCAAACACGCGCGACUUUCGCUUGCUCAUUCAAGGUCCUCCUGUCUCGGCUGCAUUCUCCGACGAGCCCUCACAGGUACCGACAGCGGCUGCUCUCGCUUCUUCCAGACACAACCAAUGGCCGAACCGGUCUCAGAGCCCCGCCCUUCGCGUGUGCGAUGGAGAGCACGGACGCCGCAUCGACAAUCCCCCCAACCCCAGCGGCAGCCUCGAUUCUUCUCUGGCAUCGCUCAACACACUUCCAGCGCAUUACCCGAUAGCAACCAUCAAACCUGGCAAGUUGCCUUUGCCUGCUGCCUCGGCUACUCCCCCUGCACAAAAACAUUCCACCUCGUGCUCUACCAGUCCCGCAUACGAGCCAGACGUGCUUGAUCUGCCGCUCAACACGGCUUUCCGACACGUACUCGAGAAGUUCUGGACAGACGGUCACAAGUCGCGUGCUUCGGUCAACGUCAACCCCAAGCGUCUCCUCAACCAGAUCGGAAAGAAGUACGAUCAGUACCUCGAGUACGGCCAGCAGGAUGGUCACGAGCUCAUGCGUCAUCUUCUGGACGCUUGCCGAAUGGAGGAGCUCGACCUCAUCAAAAAGAUGCGUCCGCCGCCGCCCAACAAGAAGGCCAAGAUCAGCAGUUCGUCCGCGACGACACCGGCUGCGGCAACAGCGGCAGCAGAAGCGACGGCAUCGCCAACCAGUCGACUCACUGCGACUGACGUCGAAAACGGUCAGAUCGGGUCCCAGUCGCCAGAGUCUGCGCCUGCAGAUGCGCUGGCCCCAACUACGCAAACGCCGACCGAGGAACAACUGCUUCCGUUCCUCGACCUUCUCUUUUGCGGCAAACUUGCCAGCAUGGUCGUCUGCGAAGGAUGCAAGAAGGUUUCGCACACCUAUGAGGACUUCUACGACAUCAGCCUCAGUCUGCGCGACGACGCCAACAACCCCAAGUCGCGCAAACGAGAUCGUCUUCGCAGCAUGGCUGACCGUUGGAGGCGUGCUACGCAGGGUCGGACCAUCGUAGAUCGCAAGUCGGCCGCCGCUGCCACCGCCGCCAGCGGCUCAAAUGUGGUCACUCCGGUCGGCACCCCUCGGUACAGCGAGACCGAAGCCAGCGAUGCUGAUUCGAACGCAGUCAAAUUCAAAAAGUCGAGCGGCUUGCUUUCGCCCGAUGAAGGCGGUCGUGGACGCUUCCAGCUGCGUACACGCAGCCUACGCAAGAGCAGUGGUCGUCACGAGAAGCUAGGCGCCACCUCGGGCAGCGAGAUGGAGCCCGACUUCCCCGACAUGGCUUCGCUCUCCUUGGCGCCCACCUCUGCUCCCAGACCCUACGUUGACUCCGCACCUCCCUCGGCUGGCGAAGAUACCGGUGACGCGCGAACGGGCACUAGGGUGGCCAGGAUGCUUGGCAGCGCCGCUACGGGUGCUACAGCCACCGACGCCAGCAGUCGCGAGACGAGCCCGCAUCCACCUGGUGGGGACCGCUCCGCCGCGCUCCCCUUUGCCGGCGGCAUGCGCCCCUCACUUCGACCCACCAAAUCGUCGUCUCAUCAAUCCGCCUACAUCGCUCGCAUCAUGGCAGACGAUCCAGCCAGCACUCACCCCAACGCAGCUGCCUCUCGCAAGCCAGGCGCGCCUUCGCCGCUCCUUGACACCGUCGUCACCGCUGCCGCAGCUCAAGGUAAGCCUCUGCACGGCUUCUUUCGCUCUGUCGGCACAGGAGCACGACAUCGCGACCCCGCUGCCGAGUUCGAGCCCAACCCUAGAUCGCAAGGUGCCAAGCGCCGCCUCAAGGUUCGAGAGGAGCAGUCCACGACAGGUUUGAUUGCCUCCCUGCGCCAGUUCACGAGCGUAGAAGUCCUCGAUGGUGACAAUAGCUUUGCUUGCAAGAACUGCUGGCGAUUGGCCAAUCCUCCUGAUGCGCACGAACGCGAGCAGAUUCGUCGACGUCGCAGACGCAAAGGUGUCGCAUCUGCCGAGGUCGACGACGAGGAGGGAAGCGAGCCCAGCAGUUCGGACGGCGAGUCGGAUUUCGAGAGAAGCAAAGAUACGCAGGACCAGAAGAAAGCGCCCUCUAUAGUAGGAGAUGAGACGCUGACGAGUCGAUCCGUGGGCACCAGCAUGGCAACCUCGGCGAGCCAGAGCACGCUUGCAAGCAGCAGCGUCGAUUCCAUCAUGACCGGGUCCAGCGCUUCGCAACCCUCGCUGCAGCGAUCGGAUAUUCCCACCAUCUCGAUGACCUCGGCCGAUGCAUCGAUGGACAAUUUUGAGCCCAAGGAGCAGAGAUCCCGCAGCAGCAGCGGCAUCGACGGCAGUGUGGUCGCGAGAGACUAUGCAGGAUCCGCUUCCACGUCACCAGCUUCGAACGGCACCAAUGGACAGGUGACGCAUCACAAGAGAGGAUCCUUGUCGAGUUACAGCAGCGUAGAAGCAGCAGCUCGGAACCGGGAUCGUCUUGCACCCAGCAACGGGUACGACACGGGUACAGAGACGGAUGCGUCUGGCUUCUCGACUGGCAUGGAUGAGUCGAAUGCCUCCACUGUGGAAGGCACAGACACCGAAGCCGAAGGCACCGAAAAGUCCGAGGCCGCGGAGCAAAGGUCGAAACGAUCGGCUCAGAGCCUGCCUCGUCGUGCGCUCAAACGUUACCUGAUUGCGUCAGCUCCACCGGUGCUCAUCUUCCAUCUCAAGCGAUUCCAAGCUACAGGACGCGGCUUCGUCUCCGGACUGGCAGGGUUCAAAAAGAUCGAUGAUCAGGUCACGUUCCCCGAGUAUCUCGACAUCACGCCGUGGCUGGCACCGCCAAGAGAGGAGUACGACCGGCGUGGGCGUCUGAAGGCUUCAAGUGAUCCGCUCGCUAUCCGCAAGCGCGCAGAAGAGGAGGCGACCCAUGCCGGCGUCGACGCACGCCAUGUCAAGGUCGAGGUGUCUAACAGGCACGGCAAACGCCACCAACGAGUGCAUGAAGGAGGCAAGAAGGGCAAGAAGCACGGCAUGUGGUCGUGGCAUAUCAGCGAUCAUCGUUCGCCUGCGCAAGGAGCGCGAGGCGGAGAUUUGGACGAAGGUCCCAAGGUGCAUUCUUCCAACGGCCACGAGAUUGUGCCAUCGGUGAUUCGCAGGCCCAAGACCGAGUAUAGGUUGUACGCGGUGAUCGUACAUCAGGGCUCGUUGUCUGCCGGUCACUAUACCGCAUAUGUCUUGUCGGACCGCAUCAAGCUCAAGGACAGGCCAAAAGAGAUGGUGGCACGUUCCGCGCCAACCAGUCGAUCGAACACGCCGGCUCCUCUGAGCGCCAAUCCGACGACAGCGGCCAGUGGAGGAGGCUUUGGAUUCUUCAAGCCUUCGCGAUCCAACGCAGCCUCGCCUGCCCCACUGCCCGUACCCGUUCGACCCGCGUCGGCAGCGCCCGUCUCGUCGUCGGUCGCCAUGAGCAGCGUUCCCUCGUCAAGCAGCGUCUCUGGCUCGUCGUCGCACGACAUUGCGCCACAGACAUCCAUCUCGUCCCUCGAGACCGACGGCUAUGGCAAGACGGCCAGCGAAAGCGAGUCUUCCGCUUCCCAGGGACCCAAACUCGUUCGACCUCGACCGCAACUCAGACCCAUGGCUAGCUGGGACAGUCUCGACGAGCUCGAGCAGUCGCACGCAAACACGAAUGAAAGCGUUCUUCCGUCGAUUCAAGCUACUCCGGGAAGCGCAACACCCACAACGGGGACGAUGACGCCGCUCGAACCAACUCCCGCUGUAGCCACGGUAGCUAGCGACAAGAGCAAUGCCCACCGACAUGUGGACGGGCGGGAUGGCGAGGGAGAUGACGAUGAUGACGAUGUGGAUCCGAGGAAGCGGGAUGACGGUAGACGAUGGGUUUACACUUCGGAUACAGUGGUGAGGGCGGCGACGAUUGAGGAGGUGUUGAAGGCGAAGGCGUACAUGUUGUUCUACGAGCGCAUUUGA